CAAAUUUUCAGAUUCGGCGGUAUUAUUCCACCAGUUGCUCAAGAUUUCCAUCGGAAACAAAUCGAAAAUGUUGUUCUGAAAACAUUUCUGCAAGCUAAUCUCCAGUUCAACGAGAUAGAUGCAAUUGCUGUUACUAACAGACCAGGUUUGCCGCUGAGUUUGAUAGUUGGUGUUCGUUAUGCAAAGUAUCUAGCAAGAAAAUUCAACAAGCCGAUUAUUCCAAUUCAUCACAUGGAAGCACACGCACUGAUGAUUAGAAUGACAAACAAUAUUCCAUUUCCUUAUCUCUGUAUACUCUUAAGUGGGGGACAUGCUAUACUUACAUUAGUAAAAAGCGCAAGAGACUUUUACAUCUUAGGAGAAACAAUCGACGAUGCCCCAGGGGAGAUGUUUGAUAAAAUAGCAAGAAGAUUGAAACUUCGAAAUAUACCUCAAUACGCUUGGUUGUCUGGAGGUCAAGCGAUUGAGAAAGCAGCAGUUAAAAGUCUCAACCCUGCAACUUAUAAUUUCCCAGUACCGCUCUCGAAGUAUCGAGAUUGCCAGUUUAGUUUCGCCGGAUUGAAAAACUCGGCCAGUCGGCACAUACUACUGCAAGAAAAACGCUUAGGUCCUAUAGUAUUUCCGGAGAAAAUCCUGAAUCAAAACGACGCCUUUGGGAAAACGCAUUCCAGCAAAAAUGAUUCCUAAAGACCUGAGUCAUUUCCUGUGGCAUUCAACGUUAAUAUUAAUCAAAAAGGUUUGUCCAAAGAAAUAAUGCAUAUACACUCGAAUCUACACUGCAAAC